GGAAUUUUUCUACCGUUCCUGUCCAAGUUGAACUUGAACUUGAUAACUACAUGGUUGCUGUACCAUAGCAUCACUGUCAAAAUCCCAUUGAUCGUUGGUGGCGUGUUCGACAGUCUCAACGUGAUGACUCAGACUUCGACGCUCGAAGAUCUUGUUCGGCGAUUCCAAGCUCUUGUUCAAGAAUGGAAUAGAAAAAACCAUAAUCUGGAGUUCUGCGCCGAAAAAAUUAGAGAUAUCACAUCCUCUCUUACUCGCUUCGCAUUUUUGCCAAAAGAUGAAAGCGAUGCUUCAAGGCGCGAAUUAUUCAUUGCCCGAGACACUCUUGAGAUUGCUUGCUUCCUUGCUCUUGAACAGAAGGAUAUCCCGCUAUUUGAACAUUACAUGUCACAACUGAAAUCCUAUUACUAUGACUAUAGAACCGUUCUCCCAGAGUCUGCGUUAAAAUACGAGUUGCUUGGCUUGAAUCUCCUGAGGCUACUUGCUCAAAAUAAACUGGCUGACUUUCAUGUCGAACUGGAAAGGUUAUCAAUCGAUGAGAUUACUUCAAAUGUGUACAUCAAACACCCAGUGUCCAUGGAGCAGUAUUUGAUGGAAGGGAACUUUCAACGUGUGUUCCUUUCUAAAGACAACGUACCAUCUAGACGCUACGACUUCUUCAUCGACAUCCUCUUGCAUACCACUAGAAAUGAAGUUGCUUCUUGUAUAGAAUCCGCUUAUGAAAGCCUCUCGCUCGACGAGGCGGCCCGCACUUUGUUCUUUGACAACAAGCAGUCUAUGCUAGAAUUCGCACAAACAAGGAAAUGGGUGCUUGACGACCACAACAUCUAUCACUUUCUCAAAGAUACGAAGCACGUAGAUGACUCGAUUCCCUCAGCAGAUGUAACUAAAGUUAUGCUUGAGUAUACCAAGGAACUUGACCAAAUUAUAUGAUUUUGAGUCGCUUGUUUUGUGACCUUUUUAUGUUCUUUCUCUCUAUAAUACAAAUUACCAGUUCCGUUUAA